ACCACAAGCAACCGCGAAAUCUCCGGAAGCGGCCGAUCGUAUCGGACGGUUUUUAUGUGGAAAUUUUGUGUGUUGCGAUCACACAAUUUUGUAGAUCCGGUCUCUUAAGUCAAGAACACGCGCGGAAGAACUUGAGCGUUAAAUAAAUCAACCAAUCACAGAUCGGCGUUCAAAAUCCAUGAAAUGGAUUGGCCGCGUUCAACAGUUGAAACAUCGCUCUGCGCUUAUUGCCUAUGAAUUGGCAAUAACUUUCAUAUCUACGAUAGAGAUAUUUAUAGAGGAGAAUAGAAACCAACCACACACACAACUUCAGAUCAAAGAUGCCGACAAGGAGCGAAUCUACCGUAUCCUACACCGCGCCCGCGAUCGAAGAGAAACUAGCAGCGAGUUUUGGAACAGGGUGUACACGCGUACACACGUUUCAGCGAUGACGGACAGACAUAUCUUUGAAUUUGUGGAAGGCCAGUGGCAAUUGAGCGAUCUGCGGGAGAUCAGCAACGAGAACGGCUGUUUGCCGAAGAACCUAGCUCAGCAGGUUCACACCAUAUUGACCGGUACUUAUAUUCUUCAGGUAGACAAGAUGUACGAUAUAGCAAGUUCCAAGUACAAGCAGCUGUGCGAGAUCCGCAAAGUGAACAGUGAAAACAUAGAGGUGACGGAGAAAGAGAAGACCAUGGAGUACGAGCCCAAAGCCAGAAGAAUGAUGCAAUUCUGUCUCACCGAUGGAGUGCAGGAUGUCACGGCAAUAGAAUACAAGCCACUUGAACAAAUGACCAGCACACUGCUUCCUGGCUAUAAGAUAAUGAUUAUCGGUCCGGUCAGUUGUAGACGUGGCGUUAUUCUUUUGGAAAAUGGCAAAUACAAAGAAGUUGGCGGAGAGGUGGAACCCUUGUUGAAACUGAAUGCGUUGGAGAACGUCUUGGCUAGAGCCCUAGGAGAAGCGGAAAAUCCUGAUCCUUAUAACGACAAUGGACCGCUUAGAAUUCCGAAUGCUCGCAAUGCUCAAAGUGUAACGCAAGAGUCUAGUGGGGAACAUUUCUUUGAUGAUGAUUUCGAGAACACCGUCGACUUGGAAGCGGUUACGGUGAUUGAGCGUCUGAGUCAGGAAAAUAAAACUAUUGUUGGCGGCACAAGUACACGCGAUCAGAGACCACCUGAGCCACCCGCGGAAGAAGCGAGAGAGCCUAUGGAAGAACUCUUGGAAGAUAUAGAUUUCGAACCGUUAGAGGAUUGGCCCAAUGAUCCUUCUACGAAUUCCGUACCGGCACGAAGAGAAACCGAAAUAUGUGACACGAACGAUGACAUAAUUAUAGUCGAAUCAACUUCCGCGCGCGAUUUUCGCAACCAACGAACGCCUCUUCCAAAUCCCGUUGCAAAUAAAGCCGCUUCGGAAUUUCCUGACGACGAUUUUGACUUUGACGAUUGCGAAAUUACAGCAUCAGAAGAGCCGCGAAGACAACAAAGUGGAAACUCAUCGAAGGAUAAAAUUGAAACAUGCUUUAAGCUACCGAUGCCUAAGCCAAUGUCAGUGCCUAAGAGAUCGAUGAAUCACGAUACUCCGGUGGCAGUUAAGAAACAAAUCUCUAGGAACAUGUCGACUACUCAAAACAAACAUCUUACGGGAACUUCUUCAGGAACAGUUGGACAAACGUUAUUUAAACCGAGUACGCCCCAAUUGCAAAAAAAAAUUUGUGACAACUUGAGCGACGUGUUGCAAGAACCUAUCACAGGAAAAAUGUACAGGACAGUGAGAGGUCAAGUGAAAAAACAUUCGACGUUAUCGAAACAGGGUAAAUGCUGGACGGUAACGGCACUGAUCGCGGACAGUACUUCCAGUGUGGAAGUCUGUUUUGAUUCCGAGAUUCUGGAAAAAUUUCUCGGAUUUACGGUGCAAGAAUUUUCGCAAAAGAAGAAACUCGCAAAAUCAAAUCCUCAGAUACGCGACGAAUUGCGACAGAACUUACGCAAGGCGCAACAUCAAAUCGAGAAUUUAGACGCGUUCUUGAAGUUGGAACUCGUUCAGGGUCAAAUGCCGAAAGUGGUCGACAUCACGCAAUUGACGCAGCAGCAAAAAAGUCUCAUGAAGACGCCGAUAUAAAAAUUAGGUGAAAUCGCGAAAUGUACAAAGUAUGUUAGUUUUAAGUUACUGUAACAAAAAUAUUUCUUUCUCAUCUUUCAAGGAUUCUCUUUAAAAUGCUUCUUUAUAUUUUUAUAAUAUUAUUCUGUGAAUAAACAAUAUAAUUUAACAACUGACAUAAAAACGAUGCAAUGUGUAUCGCAUGAAGAUUUUCGCUUAAAAAAAAGCGACACCCAAAAGUUACUGUACGAUCUUAACCGCUAAUUUAAUAUUUUAUACAUAUAAAUAUUUAAUUUUAAUACUUUUUAAAUAUUUUUUUUUUAUCAUAGAAAUUGCACAAGAAAUAAUUUGUGUCCACCGACCGAAUGAAAUUACAUUGUGAAUCUCGAUACGAUCAAGUUUCAAAAACAUCGACUAGUUAGAAAAUAUAUUUUACUUGGUUUUCGUUAUUGUGUUCAUUCAUUUUAUUCAAUUAUUUUUGUUACAGUUUGUGUUCGGUAAAGUUUGUGUACGUGUGUGUGUGUGUGUGUGUGUGUGUGUGUUGUGUAUAUAUAUAUAUUCGAUAUAUAAAGAAAAAUUAUUACUAAAAAAAAAAACAAAGUUCAGUUAACGAGAAUUGGAUGAUCAUAGCAUUUUAUUAACUGAUACAAUUGAUCAUCGCAGUGGUACAUUUUCGUUUCAACUCAUUUGUUUCCAAUCGCUCGUUCUCUCUUCAAGUUCGCAUCCACGCGAUGUUCUUUCACACUCUUUCUCUCUCACUCACUCACUCAUUCAAAUGUAAUAACAAGUACACUUCUCAGCUUCAAUUAAUAUCGUUUUUUUUUUUUUUUUUUUUUUUUUUUUUUUUUUUA